GAAGCCUAUUAUCCAAUUGAUACAGCUCUUUCCUUAUAUUAACCAACAGCAUAUCAGUGUUGACUUGACUGCUAGCAGUUUACUCGACAAGUUUGAAAGCGCCGGAAAACCUGGGAAACCAUUUAGAGUGGCAUAGUACACAGCAGGCUAUAUCGUAAAAAUAGCUUCACAGUCAAGCACUAUGGCCGACAACGUCGUUCCAGGCCAUGUCCACGAGGGCGUCAGCACGCUUUUAAGUCUUCACAACUCACUUCUCCAGGACAUUCUAGGACACAUGGACAUUCAGAGCCGGGUCGCAGCUUCGGCAACCUGCAAACGUCUGGCUAAAGUCAGCGCUGAGCAUCCACCAACUGUUGUGGACCUUAGCUCCGAUGGCGUACACCCGGAGGCUUGUCGCCAGUUUAUCGAACGCUCCAAAGGAGCCAUAGUGGCUAUCACUUCAGCAAGGCACAAGCAACGCACCGCCUGUGCCGCCACCUCUGCCCGCCGCUUCAACUCCGGUCUGCGCUGCACCCAGGUGGUGCCGUACACCGCCCGCCGAACCUCUGCCGUACAGCUGGCCUCCUACCUCCCCCGUUUGCGGCAGCUGGUGCUUCACGAGGCUACCAGCUGCCUGGGCGGCAUGACGGACGAGCUGGCUGCGGCGGUGGCGGCGCACUGCCCGGGACUGGAGGUGUUGGAGGUGGCCUUUGCACGGUACAGCCUGCCCUCGGAGGUUUUCACGGACAAGGGGGUGAUGUGCCUGGCUGCCGGCUGCCCCCGCCUCACCCGCGUCGCCCUCACCCACUGCGGGGCGCUCACGGACCGCUCGCUCUACUCCCUCGCAUCGCACUGCCGGGGGCUUACCAGCAUCAGCCUGGGUGGCUAUCAUGAGCUCAUUACGGACUAUGGAGCCGUGGUGCUAUUCCAGGCCUGCCCGGGCCUCACUCGCGUGUCGCUGUCCGGCAAGCUGCGCCGGGUGACGGAUGUGGCGGUGGAGGCGCUUGCAGCGGCAUGCGGGGGCAGCCUGCGGGAACUCAAGCUCACCCGCUCCAUGGGCGACCGCUCGCUGUCCUCCCUGGCCCGCCACUGCCGCCGCCUCGCCCGCCUGGACUGCCGCAAGUGCGACCCGACUGCACUCACAGCGGGGGGCGUGGCGGCGCUGAUGCGGGCGCUGGGGGAGCCAGUAAGGGAGCAGCAGCAGCAGCGGGAGCAGGAACAGCAGCAGACGACUGCCGUUAUGGGCGGUGAUGGGAGCACUGGCGGCAGCAGCAGCAGCAGCAGCGGGCCUAGUGCGGGUAGCGGUGUUGGCAGCAGUCGGGGUGUCCUGCGUGUGUUGCUGCCGCCGGGGCUGAGAGCGGAGGAGGUUGUACGACGGGGGAUGGAACUGUCGCAACCGCCCGGCGACAACGGUGCUGCUGCUGAUGCUGGUGUGGUUGGGAGUAUGGAGGGUGUGGGGGCGACGGAGUGGCGGGUAGUCAGGCCGUCGCCUCUGCCCUCGUCAUCGGAGGCUAUACCGGGCGCGAGGAAGGCGGGUGGUGGCGGUGUGAGGCUGGGGGGUCCGCCGGCAGCGGUUAAGGCGGCGGUGGCGACUGAGGAGGUGGUGGUGCGAUUGCGGUGAUGCUGGCAGGGCGGUUGGGGUGGUGGUGGUGAGCGGUUGGGGAUUGUAAGAUGUUGAUGAUUUGUGUACGGUAUUUUGGGUGAGAUGGCAUCAGUAACAGUAGCAUGUUAUUCUCUCCGUUGUAAUUUAGUUGUAAGUUGCAAGUUGUUUUGCAUGGUCGUGUACAUGUAUGGGAGAAUUGGUGCUGUGUAUCUGUAUUCGCAACGUGCCAUUUGUUUACUAUUUCGUUGAUACUAAAUUGGUUCUUUUAUCAUUGUCUUAGACGCGCACGGAUGGGCAAGUCUCCCUCACGGACCGAUCGGUGUAUGAUGGGCGCGUGACACGUCGGCUUUGCAUGCGUCACAACUUGUGGUUGUUCGGCUUAGUGGUCUCGUUCCUUAACGUGGGUCAACAAGUGAGUAGCUCGGCGUCCCUUUCCUUCAUUUGGCUUCAUUUUUGUUCUAGGAAACAACUGCCUGGUUGCUUCCCGCCCAGCGUCCCGUGUGCGUUUGUUGAGACGUUGACCCACGGGUCGCUCCCCGGCUGGUACAUCGUGCAUCUGUUGACAUGUGCCAAUAGAGAGCCAGUAGCAUACAAUAGUGCAACAGUGUGCGUUUUGUACGGCUAUGGACUUGCGCGGUUGACUCUUACCCUUGUUUGUUACGUGCGGUUGCUGUUGUUUGUUGGACGGAGGCGGGAAAGAAGGUGAUGGCGUUGGAUGGGUGCCGGCGCGAUUACGAGUUGUCUGUCGUAUCAGUGUUUCAAUAAGUUUAGUUAUACCUGGGUUGUUCCUUCGGACGUUCCGCGCUGUACUAUAUAUUUUAUCUUCACAAGGAAACACUGUGGUCGCCCCCGGUCGGGGCCAUGUGUAGGCAUCGGGGUGAUCCACCCUGGGGCGCAUGUUGUAAAGGUAGGCGGCAGUUCUGCGGUAUGCCGGUGUCCACACACUGAGCUGUGUAUGUGUGGACAGAGCCCUAGACCGGGGCGGAGGAGGGCUGCAUUAGUCCGGGGCCCCCCUCAUUAGUCAUUACCCGACACCCCGUGUCUGGGUUUCCUCUUCGUGUAAUAAUAACAAGUACCUGGACUGGCAUGUUGCUUGUGCUGCUUGCCCCAAGUAUGCCGUAGAGGGGUG